AUGGCUACACCAAUUUCUCAAAUGCCACAGGCCGCACCACUCCAUGUUCCAGUGAAUCCAGAUACUCCCAUCACCGUUAAAGUUUCAUACAACGGUGCUAUCCGUCGAUUCAAACUUCCUCUACGCGACUUGGGUCCAGCAGUUCUACCCACCAAGCUUCGGGUUGCCCUUGCCAUUCCUGAAGACCAAGAUGUUCGCUUUGAACGAUACAGUGACAGUGCCGCUUCUUUUGUUGUCUUGGACACCGACAACUUGACCGUCUACAAGCAGUUGUACCGUGCCGCUAAGGCAAAGCUUAAGCUUCGUCUCAAGGCUACUGUCAUCACCCCAGAGACCGUCGAAAAUACCAUCGGAUCCAAUCCACCAGCAUAUACCUCACAGGUCACUCUGGCAACUGUUGAGCCAACUCCAAGCCCGGUUCCAGUCGUUCCACAACCUGUCGUUACGAAUGUCGUUGUCCCCGAGGCCGUCAAGGCCCCAGUCGAGCCACAGCCGGAGCCCGUCGAUUAUACUCAGGCGAUCGCUGAUCAGGUCACAAGCUACUUUGCUGGGGAUACUUUCGCACAACAACUUCAGCAGCAGCUGGAGGUCGAGGUGGAUAAGCGUAUGAAAGAACUCUCACUCAACGUGGUUCCAGAACCUGUUAAGACCGAGUGUAAGAUCGGUGCCUGCAUCGAGCCAGAGGUUAUCCCGUCGUCGAGAUCUUUCUUGGUCUAUUGCAACAAAUGCCAGGGAACCAUCAGCGGAGAACAUUAUCACUGCUCAAUCUGUGAUACCGGCGAUUACGACCUUUGCGCCACCUGUGUUGAUAACGGAGUUCACUGUGAAGGUGACCACUGGCUCAUCAAGCGUACCCUUGAGAAGGGUCGUAUUGUCUCGAGCACAACAGAGUACAACAAGCGCAAGCAGCGUUCAAAGGCGCCUUCGCCACAAUCAGAGCAGCAGGAGCAGCAACCACCACCACCACCGCCAUUCAGGACACGCACUUGUAAUUGCUGUAUUGCGUCCCUCCCGGAGGAGUGUUUCGUGACUUGCACCGUUUGUGAAGACUACGAUAUCUGUCUCCCAUGCCACAUUGCCCAAAAGCAUGGUCACCACCCCAUGCAUGGAUUCACACCAGCCACCAAGGACACUCCCCUCGAUGCCAUUGGGACUGCCUUGUUAGAACCAGGCCGUGGUAUUCGUCACCAUGCCAUCUGCGAUGGGUGCAACGCUACCAUCAACGGUGUUCGACACAAGUGCUUGGCCUGCCCAGACUGGGAUUACUGCACUGCCUGCGUUCAGACGGCGCCGGAGAUUCACCCUGGCCACAGAUUCGUCAAGAUCUACGAAGCAAUUAACAUCGCUCCCCAGUACGGACCUAAGACCAUUCACAACGGCGUACGCUGCGAUGGCCCACUAUGCCGACAUAAUGUGAUGUACAUUUUGGGUGAUCGUUACAAGUGUGCUAUCUGCGAUGACUUGGACUUCUGUGCCAACUGCGAGGCCUCGCCACUCAAUGAUCAUAACAAGACACAUCCCCUCAUCAAGAUGAAGACUGCUCUUCAGGGCAUUACCUGCUCGACUACCGAGGCUACCCCGACUGGCCCAGGAUGCCUUCUUGGCGAUGUUCGCAGCCUUGAUCCUUCUAUCCUCAAAUCAACCACUAAUGCUGCCACCCAAGUUCAGACUGUUGCUGACGUUGAGCCUUCAACAGAAUACUUGGAUGAGAAGAAGGUUCCAGUUGAGCAUUCCGAGCCAAUCCCAGUCCCCGUAAAGGAACCUGAGCCUUUGCAGGCUGAGUACCUCCGUGACAUCGUUUCUGAUGGCACUCUCUUCACUUCCGGAACUAAGUUCGAGCAAGUCUGGACCCUUACCAAUACUGGUACUAGCGCAUGGCCCGCAGGCGUCACUGUCCGUUUCGUCGGUGGUGACCACAUGUUCCGUCACGGUAGUGAAGAGAGCUGCAUCGCCACUGUUACCGGUACUGCUGUCAGCCCGGGAGAGACCGCCUCUUUCGCUGUUGAUUUGACUGCUCCAUUUACCUCUAACCGCCGUGUCAUCUCUUAUUGGAGACUCACCGCACCCAACGGAUCUCGAUUUGGCCACAAGCUCUGGUGUGAUAUUGAGAUUUUGAAAGAGGAGAAGAAGCAGCUCAUCGAUCUCUCUGAAACUAUCAAGUACGACGACAAGCUUGACGAGAAGGUUGAGGAUUCCGAUUCUUCCGCAUCAUCCCAGAUGAUCUUCCCCAAGUUGGAGAAGGAGUCCCAGAUCCUUGCCGUCGAGGAGGCCAUCCCAACCGAAGUCGAGACUGAGACUGAGGCUGAGACUGAGGUUACUCUCCCGGGUACUCAGAACCCAGCAGCCUCGCCGGCAUGGACCCUCACUCUUUCUGAAGAAGAAGGACAUACUAGCGACGGUGUUACCAGCGAGGAUGAUGUUGACAGCCUCAUGCUCGACGAUGACUACGAGGUUCUUGAAACCAGUGAUGACGAUGGAUUGUAUGUGUAA